AUGUUGAGUUACACAAACGUAUGGGGAGUGUAGGUAGUCAUGUCUAUUGAGACGAGGUCGAACUCAGCUCUCUUUAAAAGAGCUGAACAACUGAAACGUUGGGAAGAAUCAGAAACGAACCGUGUGCCUGGAACACCAAACAGGAAGAAAAAGAAGAUACAAUUUUCUGCGGGAUGUGUGUUUUUAGCUGCGUGUGCUGCCGGAGACAAGGAAGAGGUUCUCCGUUUGCUACAGAAAGGGGCAGACAUAGAUACAGCGAACGUAGAUGGGCUGACGGCGCUACAUCAGGCUUGCAUAGAUGACAAUCUCGAUAUGGUGGAGUUCCUAGUAGAGCAUGGUGCCGAUGUUAACAGAGGUGACAAUGAAGGUUGGACUCCACUCCACGCCACAGCCUCGUGUGGCUUCAUCAGCAUAGCUAAGUACCUGAUAGAACACGGUGGGAAUGUUGCAGCUGUCAACAAUGAUGCUGAACUUCCAGUUGACAUUGCUGAAUCAGAUGAAAUGGAGGAAAUGCUUCAACAGAAUAUUGAAGCUAAAGGUAUUGAUUGUGAUGAAGCCCGUAAUGAGGAAGAACGAAUGAUGUUGGAAGAUGCUAAAGCUUGGCUCAAUAGUGGUUUCUUUGAUGAUGAACCACAUCCAAAAACUGGUGCAAGAGCAUUGCAUGUUGCUGCUGCUAAGGGUUACAUCAAAGUUAUGAGAGUACUACUCCAAGGAGGUGCAGAUGUUAAUGUGCAAGACUUUGAUGGCUGGACACCCCUCCAUGCUGCAGCACAUUGGGGCCAAAAAGAAGCAUGUGAAAUGCUGGUGGAAAAUUUCUGUGAUAUGGAAAUGAAGAACUAUGUGGGUCAAACAGCCUUUGAUAUUGCUGACCCUGACAUGAUCCCAGUUCUUGAGGAACUGCAGAAGAGACAAGCUGCAAUGCAGAGAGAUCAUGCUGCAAACAACGCAAUUUUGCAGAAGAAGGGGACCAACAAUUCUAAGAGAAGGUCAUCCAUCACCCGAAUGUCGGUAGCUGACAAGUCAAACCUUAUAAAUAAAGAUGCAUCAUCUGAACGUCAGAUUCUGGACCAGUCAAUUUCAGAAGAAGAUAGCACCAACAAAAUGCUGAAAGUAAAAGUGGAAAUUGAACCAGUAUCUGACAAAGAAGAUACAAGUGAACACUCUGAUGUCAGUGAAGUUGAGGAUCAAGAACAGUCCAGUGACUCCAGUGACUCUUCAGAUGACACUGAAACAUCUAAUGGUAGUGAAACACAAAGUAGUGUUAAUAGUGCAGAGGAGAAGAAAAACAAGGCUAACAGGGAUGAUACUGCCAAAACAACAAGCAUAGAAACCAACAAAUUAGUUCCUAACAGUCCGUCCAUGCCAUCUAACUUGCCACAGGAAAUAGAUGACCCUUCAAGAUGGCGAAGGCCUGGUUCUUUACGAAGCCGGGGAGCAAAUGGUGAGGAGGAUAUUACGAAUAAAACUAUACCUGGUAAUGUUGAGAAGGAAAGUCAGAAGGUUUCCACACCAACAGGUACUGUGAACCGCACCAUUGUGGAUAAGCCAGAAGUCUCUGUUCGGAGAACCCGUAGUUUUGAAGCUGAUGAGAAGGGUAUUAAAAAAGAAGCUGAUGAUGCUGUUUCCCCAGUAUCAGAUAUCUUGAAUGCUGUUACAACAGGAACAACCACAAUAACCACUCACACCUCACCGACGAGGCAAUCUCUUCCUGUAGCCAACAGUCCCUUACCAACUAACCAAGUUAGAAGUUUCAGUCCUCCAAAGGACAGUGCUGCCAGCACUUGUCCUCCAACACCACCUACACCCACAACACCCGGUGGGAGUAAGCUAAGCCCAGGGAACAUCUUUAAAAAUUUUUUCAAAUCCUUUGUCCCACCUGUUCGUGAUGAGGAAUCAGAAACGCAAAGGAAAGCACAUGCAAAACGUGUUCGUGAAACACGACGAUCCACUCAAGGUGUCACUUUAGAAGAAAUAAAGUCUGCAGAGCAGCUGGUAAAACGAAAAAAUCAGCAGCAGCUUCAACAAGCAACACAACAAUUGAGCAAUAAUGAACAGCUUCCUGCUGUUACUAACUCACCAUCAAUUACUGCAACAAUAACUACAGCAAGCCCAACAGUGCCUUCAAAGAGUGUGGCAACAGGUGGAAAAGAAGAGGAAGUACACCAAGAGCGACGACCCUCUUGGAGGCUUAGGGUUGAUAACGGUGACAGGAAUAAGUUUCUACUGGAAGAUGCACGUAGCAAAAGUACUCCAAAUGACACGGCUGCUACAACGUAUGUUAGGAGGACAUCGGGAAGUACUCCAGUGCGACCAUCCUCUGCACCAGUUGACCCAUCAUCUGUCGAUACUACUGUAACAAUAGCACUUAGGCGACAAUCGAAGCCACCAGACGACAGAGAUCAAGAUAAGGAGAAUGACAUCAGAAAUGCACAAGCAACCCAAGGUGUGAUACAAAGGCGGCGGCGACCGAAGCGCAGGUCAACUGGUGUUGUGCACGUAGACAUGGAUGAAAUUGAUCCUGAUCGUCAAGAUGCCCUAACUGGAGGGGAGACACUUGACAUUGCGAAAGGUGCAAAUGAUGAGAGUGGAGGAUCUCCACAGUCGUCACGACUUAGUUCACCUGCAGCAGACUCCCCUAUUAAUUCUCGACAUUCGUCCACUCUUUUGCCACAUGAGGCAAGUGAAAAUGGUGAAAUUGACUACAAAAAGCUCUAUGAAGCCUUACUGUUGGAGAAUGAAAGGAUAAAAGAGAAAUUACAGAAGACUGAGGAGGCUUUGAAUGAAGCCAGGGUGCAGAUUUCAAGCAGUUCUAUACCUCCACCAAAGAAUUCACUAUCGGAGAUGGAGAAACGUGAAAGGAGAGCAAUGGAAAGGAAACUCUCAGAAAUGGAAGAAGAACUGAAACAAUUACAAAAGCUCAAAGCUGAAAACGAAAGAUUGAAAGCAGAAAACCGGGCUUUGACUCGGGUGGUGUCGAAACUCACCAAUUCUGCCAAUGCUACAAAAUAGCUAUUGGAGCAGUUCAGGAGUGAAAAUCAGAAACUGAAAGAUGAGAAUGGUGCCUUGAUUAGGGUGAUCAGUAAGUUAUCAAAGUGAUUGAUCAGUUGAAACAGAAGCUCACAAGCUGUGUUGGAAAUGAAUAAUUUAUUAAAGCUAGUGGAAUAUGCAGCAUUUCUCUGUUAUGUAGGAUGUAUUUAUUUCAGAAAAACUAUACAUUCAGUGAUUUAAGGGAUUCUUUGUAGUUAUUUAGGAACUAGAUUUGUUUUCCUCACAUCAUCUGUAAUUCAUUUCUUAAUUUAUUAUUCAUUUUGCAGUAUUAUAACUAAAGUAUUUUGCACUGAAUUACUCAGAUAUAAAGUUAAUGCUUUGCUUUGAAAUAGAGAAGAAACUUUAUCAAAGUUUUGUGAAGCUGAAAGUGGAGGAUUGAGCUCAAUUUCGUAAUUUUGAUAAAAUUUUUGAGCUCACUCUCCGGCCAUGUGUAUGAUUGUGUGGAAAUUUAUCAACAAGAAGGAACAUAAAAAUAGUUUAAAUGUUCAAAAUGCAGAUGGAACUGUAUUGUAAACAUUGUAUGUGUAAUUGCUGUCUUAAAAAAGUUAUGUUUUAAAAUAUACUUCAGUUUGUUCACACAUUUUAGUUAGCUUUUACAAAAAUGGCUUAAUGAGAGAGUCCUCCAAAAUUUAUGUUGUAUAUACGUGCAUCUUUAUGAAAACCUGUUGGGUGUUUUAUAUGCAUAUAAAGUUGCCAACUGCUGUAUUGUUUUAAGUUUGAAACAUCUUUUUUUUUUCUAGUCCUCGUUAUAUCAGUGAAUGUCAAGUGUAAAUUAAUUUUGUAAUGUAAAUUGUUUUACAAUUUCCCUAUUUAAAGCAUAUCAUGUGUAGGUCAUUAAAACAUGUUAAGAUGUAUCAUUUUCUAUUGAUGUUUACUAAUAUUGUUGUGAUGUUGUUGCAUCCAUGAUAUUUAAUUACCAAGUCUUCAGAAGGAAACUUGUAAUUCAGGCUUUGUCUGCUGUUUGCUAAGUUGAAUUUUAUAGUUCAUUUUAUUCAUGGAUUGUAUAUUUGUAUUAAAAUUUAGUAAAUAAUUUUAUUGGUAUGUUAUGCAUGAAUGUUUCAGUUACCUUGGUGCUAAAUCCAUUACAGGUUUUUACACAGUUCUGUUUUCUGUUAUUACCAUAGAACGAUUGAGCUAUCAGCAAAUAGCUGUGAAAAUGUUUUAGAUACCUGUGUUGAGUGUCUAUUCAUCUGAUAACAACAGAUAGUUAAGUAGACAAUGAAGUCUCCUAUUUUCGUCUGGUCUGUUAAAUUAGUCUGAUGGAGGUCUCAGCAUGUGACAAAUGGGUGAAACAACCUUUUCAUAUUCUGUUGAAUCUGUUCUCAGAAUAAUUUUAUGCACUGGAAAAUUUCUGCCAUUGUCUGUGUAAAAGUGCCUUGUUUGCUUGUAAUAUUUGAAAUGAAAUGUACAUUUUUAUAGUAAAACAUCACUAGAACUUCUAAAUAAAACACUUCUCUAUGUUUA